AUGUCUUCCGCUCCUUUACUUCAAAAAGCUCCCGGCAAGAAAAUCGCUUUGCCUACUAGGGUGGAACCUAAAGUGUUCUUCGCCAACGAGCGUACUUUCCUGUCGUGGUUGAACUUCACCGUGAUGCUGGGCGGUUUGGGUAUCGGUCUGCUAAAUUUCGGUGAUAAAGUUGGGCAAAUCAGUGCGGGUUUGUUCACCCUCGUGGCCAUGGCCACAAUGGUAUAUGCGUUGGUAACAUACCACUGGAGAGCUUCCGCCAUCAGACGCAGAGGCUCCGGACCUUACGACGACCGUUUGGGACCCACCGUUUUGUGCUUCUUCCUGCUAAUUUCCGUUGUAGUCAACUUCCUAUUGAGACUGAAAUACUCGUGA